GGCGGGGCCGGGGGCAGUCAGGCUCCAGGCACAGCCUGGGGAGUGCAAUGCCUCAAGCUCUCUGGGGUACACAAAGCGCAGGUGCGACUGACUCGGGGAGCAGCUUCAUCGAGUAGGGGGCGUUUGUGGCAGCAGGUGUGGACAGGUCCCACCCGACUCCACCCUGGAAAGUCCUUUUGAAGAAAUGGCCCUGGUGAGGGGCGGCUGGCUGUGGAGACAGAGCUCCAUCCUCCGUCGCUGGAAGCGGAAUUGGUUUGCUCUGUGGUUGGAUGGCACGCUGGGUUACUACCACGAUGAGACGGCCCAGGACGAGGAGGACCGCGUGCUUAUCCACUUCAAUGUCCGAGACAUAAAGGUCGGCCAAGAGUGUCACGAUGUGCAGCCCCCAGAGGGCAGGAGCCGAGACGGCCUGCUGACAGUGAACCUACGGGAGGGUUCCCGUCUGCACCUGUGUGCAGAGACCCGGGAUGAUGCCGUAGCAUGGAAGACAGCACUGUUGGAGGCAAAUUCCACCCCGGGCCUGUCAGUGGCACUGAAGACAGCAGGAAGAAGGAGGCCCCAGCUGGAGCCACCGUCCCACCCAGGAGCCGUCGGGUUUGCCCUAAGGUCAGGUGUACGACCCUCUCCUGGAAGCCCUGUCAGGUUGAGAGGCGGAUCUGGGUACGUGUGUACAGCCCGUAUCAGGACUACUAUGAAGUGGUGCCUCCCAACGCGCACGAAGCCACAUAUGUCCGCAGCAGCUACUACGGGCCACCUUAUGCAGGCCCUGGUGUGACACACGUGAUAGUGAGAGAGGACCCCUACUACAGCUCGGGCGCCCCACUGGCCAUGGGCAUGCUUGCUGGGGCUGCCACAGGUGCUGCUCUAGGCUCACUCAUGUGGUCACCUUGCUGGUUCUGAGCCCUGGGGCUCUGACCUCUGGAUGUGCAUGUAGAUCGCAAGACCCUUUUCUUCCUGGACUACCUUCUGCUGUCUACCAUUUAAACCCUGGCUCAUUCUGACCUUUUCCUCUCCAUUAAGCUCUCUAUGCCUAGUCCAUUCCUCUCACCACUUAGCCUCCUUCCCUCUCAGAAGAAGCUAACAUCUCAGGCACACUUGGUUGAAUUCUCCCACCUAUUGCUAGACACCCCCAUAAAUCACAUAUAGAUAUAUUUCUUCUAGAUACAGCAAACAUGACUUCCUUUGGUUCCAAGUAUCUGAGGAACGGCGAUCAUAAGUAAACAACAAAGCUACAGUUAUCAGUCUGAGGACAUAUGGGGGCAAGGAGCAAGGAGCAAGGAGCAAGAAUGAGCAGAGAACAUUCUUACACAUCCAAAGAAUCAAAGAAUACAGUUGUUUGGUGUUGAGGCAGGGUUUGGACUAUGGUGUCCUCCAGGCUAAGGAGCUUGCUGGAUACAGGUGACAGGAGCUUUUUAUGGAGGGAAGCUUUGUGAUUUCAACUACAGUAUCUUGUCUGUUUUGUCAGUACUGGCACAUAUCCUUACUCCAUACAUGAAGUUUGGCACCUUCUUUCCACUACUAGCUUCUCUGUGAUAGUUGAGCUAACCCCUGGUUUUCCUGGCUGUGGGACAGGUGAGCUCCUUGGGACCUCCAGCCUUAGGAAGUUGCUUCCAUUAGGAAAUGCCUUUCUGAUCCCCGGAGCUCAGCUCUAUUACUGUAACCAUUACUGAGGCUUUCUCUUCCUUCACUCUGUGGGCCUAACCCACCUUGGUACCAGCCUGGGGAACCACUCAUGUGCCUGCCUGUAGGUGGCAAGCAAUUUCUCCAUUAGAUCCUGUUCCAGACUCUUCCACUAUCCCUUCCCAGCUGCUAAUAGAAAAGCUAAAGUCCCUGGUCCAGUGGCUAGAGUGCCCACUACAGUCCCCAUAGAUGAUGGAGGGCUCCAUUGGCUCAGCUGCAGACACUAAUAAAGACAUGACUGGCUCCAAAA